UUUUUUAUUUUAUUAGGUUUGUCUGAUGCAGCUGCUCCCGUCUAGUCAUACGACGGCAGAGAGGAGACUCAGUUUUGAACUCCAGUAACCCUGUCUCAACGUUUUGGUUUUUUCUCUCCGUGACUACGAGGGCGUUCAGCGAAUUACCCCAUCACUGGCUGGAUCCGAGAGCUCUGCCUCUUUUCUCAUUGGACUGCGCGGCCAAGCCAAGCUGUCAGCCCAUGUGGCGUGGCCAGCAGAAUGUGAGACAUUUAAAUUCAAGAGGAAAAAAGGAGCUGAAGAAGCACGCAGGCUCACGUCAAGCCCACAGAGGAGGAAACGACAGUUGUCAGACGCGCAGUUAACAGUCGCAGGGACACCGCCGUGGACCACCGCAGGGAAGCUACCAGAUAUCGCUGAGAGAAAUACAUGUGAAAACAAAAAAGUGCGAACAUUUCACCAAGUGGUUCCGAAUCGUGAUUUUUCGGGGACGCCGGACCGGUUCUGGGAGAGACAGUAAUUCAUCAUGGAUGAAAUAGUUAUAGCAGGGAUAUCAGGCCGUUUGCCAGAGUCUAAUAACCUAGAGGAAUUCUGGGAAAACCUCAUCAGUGGUGUGGACAUGGUGACAGAGGACGACCGGCGGUGGACACCAGGUUUGUAUGGUCUUCCAAAGAGGAAUGGCAAACUGAAGGACAUCAGCCACUUUGACGCAGCCUUCUUUGGAGUCCACCCGAAACAGGCCAACACUAUGGAUCCCCAGCUCCGUCUCAUGCUUGAGAUUGCCUACGAGGCUAUUGUAGAUGGAGGACUGGACCCAUCCACACUGCGUGGCAGUAAGACGGGUGUCUACAUCGGGGUGAGUGGCUCUGAGGCUGGUGAAGCGUUCAGCAGAGAUCCAGAGGAGCUCCUGGGCUAUAGCAUGACUGGCUGCCAACGUGGCAUGUUGGCCAACAGACUCUCCUACUUCUUCGACUUCAACGGCCCCAGUGUUGCCAUUGACACAGCCUGCUCCUCCAGCUUGCUGGCUUUAGAAAAUGCCUUCCAUGCCAUUCGCCAAGGCCAAUGUGAUGCUGCUCUGGUGGGGGGAGUCAACCUGCUGCUCAAACCAAACACCUCAGUGCAGUUCAUGAAACUGGGCAUGCUCAGUCCUGAAGGGACUUGCAAAUCCUUUGACUCAUCAGGAAAUGGAUAUUGCCGUUCUGAGGCAGCAGUGGCAGUACUACUGACCAAGCAGUCGGUGGCUAAAAGGGUGUAUGCCACAGUGGUCAAUGCUGGCAACAACACAGAUGGAUACAAAGAGCAGGGUGUAACGUUUCCUUCAGGUGAGAUGCAGCAGAGGCUGGUUGGUUCUCUCUACCAGGAGGCAAAUAUAAUGCCAGAGCAGGUUGAAUAUAUUGAAGCCCAUGGCACAGGAACAAAGGUUGGCGACCCACAGGAAGUGAAUGGCAUCGUCAAUGUGUUUUGUCAGUCACAGCGAGAGCCUCUGCUUAUUGGCUCCACCAAGUCUAACAUGGGCCAUCCAGAACCAGCCUCUGGUAUGGCUGCCCUGGCCAAGGUGUUGCUUUCUUUGGAGAAAGGGGUCUGGGCGCCCAACCUGCACUUCAACAAUCCUAACCCAGACAUUCCCGCCCUCACUGAUGGUAGGGUUCAAGUUGUUGACCGGCCUACUACUAUUCAACGUGGCAUUGUAGGCAUCAACUCCUUUGGAUUUGGAGGUUCCAAUGUUCAUGUGAUCCUUCGUCCAGCUGAGAAAUCAGCUGAUGUGACUGCACCACCAAGGAUGGUUCCCAGAAUGCUUCAGGCUUGUGGCCGUACAGAGGCUGCAGUAAACACCAUGCUUCAAAAGGGGAAGGAGCACACUGCAGAUGACAACUUCUUGUCUUUGCUUAAUGAGGUGGCAGGAAUUCCUGCUGCCAGCAUGCCCUACAGGGGCUACACUCUGAUUGGCUCUCAGACAGAUGUCACUGAGGUGCAGCAGGUGCAGGCCACUGGCAGACCACUAUGGUACAUCUGUUCAGGUAUGGGAACACAAUGGGCUGGUAUGGGCCGCAGUCUCAUGCAACUGCCAGACUUCAGAGAGUCCAUCCUGCGGUCAGAUGCAGCCCUGAAGGACACUGGUCUGGUUGUGUCUCGCCUACUCAUGGAGGCAGAUGACUCCACUUUUGAAGAUACUGUUCAUUCCUUUGUUAGCCUCGCUGCAAUACAGAUAGCUGAGAUCGAUCUGCUCACUAAGCUGGGUCUGAAGCCUGAUGGCAUCAUAGGGCACUCGGUGGGGGAGCUGGCCUGUGGCUACGCUGAUGGUUCCCUUAGCCACAGUGAGGCUGUCCUUGCUGCCUACUGGAGAGGCAUCUGCAUCAAGGAGGCCAAACUUCCUCCUGGAGGAAUGGCUGCAGUUGGGUUGACUUGGAAGGAAUGCCUGACUCAGUGCCCUCAGGGAGUUGUCCCAGCUUGCCACAAUGCUGAGGACACUGUAACAAUCUCCGGUCCUCAGGACGCAAUUAGUAAAUUCGUGUCGGAGCUGAAAGAGCAGGGAGUGUUCGCAAAGGAGGUGCGCAGCGCUGGUGUAGCUUUCCACUCCUACUACAUGGCCUCCAUUGCCCCAACCUUGUUGGCUGCUCUGAAGAAGGUGAUAAAGGAGCCGCGGAAGCGUUCAUCCCGUUGGGUGAGCACCAGCAUCCCUAAGUCUGAGUGGGACUCUCCACUGGCUCUGUACAGCUCGGCUGACUACCACGUCAACAACCUCGUGAGCCCCGUGCUGUUCCAGGAGGCUCUCAGUCUGGUGCCAGAAAAUGCUGUGGUGGUGGAGAUAGCGCCUCAUGCUCUACUGCAGGCCAUCCUGAAGCGUGGCUUGAAGCCCACAUGUUCCAUCCUCCCCCUGAUGAAGAGAGGCCACACCAACAACCUUGAGUUCUUCCUCUCAAACAUUGGCAAAAUUUACAUGAAUGGCAUCAACGUGGAUGCUAACAAGCUCUAUCCAGAAGUGAAGUACCCUGUACCAGUUGGUACCCCUCUGAUCUCCCCCUUGGUGCAGUGGGACCAUGCCCAAACUUGGGAUGUCCCCAAGACAGAGGAUUUUCCCUCUGGCUCAGGAGGAUCUAAUUCUGCCACUGUCUAUAACAUCGACAUAAACCCAGAGUCUCCAGACUUUUACCUGAUUGGACACUGCAUCGAUGGGCGUGUCCUCUACCCGGCGACGGGUUACCUGGUGCUGGCCUGGCGUACCUUGGUGAGGAAUCUUGGGGUUGUCAUGGAAAAUACCCCUGUAACCUUUGAAGAUGUCACCAUCCAUAGGGCCACCAUCCUGCCAAAGACAGGCUCUGUCCAGUUGGAGGUGCGUCUCAUGCCUGCCACCAACAAGUUUGAGGUGUCAGAGAAUGGGAACCUGGCAGUUAGUGGUAAGGUGAGCAUUCUGGAGGACGCACCUCUCGAUUCGUUUCAUCAUCAGAUAAGGCAUCAAGCUGGCCACAACAGCGGUGACCCCAAGAUGAAGCUUGCAGCACGUGACAUCUACAAAGAGCUGCGACUGCGCGGCUAUGACUAUGGGAAGACCUUCCAAGGCAUCUUAGAGUCCAACAAUGCAGGUGACAGCGGGAAACUGCAGUGGACAGGAAACUGGGUGACCUUUCUGGACACCAUGCUGCAGAUGUCGGUGGUUGGACUGUCCGGCCGUAGUCUGCGAUUGCCAACAAGGAUCCGCUCAGUCUGUGUUGAUCCAGCUGUUCAUCUGGGGAUGGUCUAUGACUACACAGAUGGAAAACAAGCCACAGAUGUCCACAUAAACCGUUGCUUUGACUCCGUUGUUGCUGGGGGAGUCCAGAUCUGCGGACUGCAUGCUACUGUGGCACCCCGUCGGCAGCAGCAGCAGAGUCCCCCCACCCUGGAGGAGUUCGUGUUUGUUCCAUAUGUGAAGACAGACUGCCUCUCGGCCAAUGGGAAACUCUCAGAGCAGCUGAGACUUUGCAAAGGUUUAAUCUCCAGACUUCAGCAUAAACUGGCCCCUCAUGGUGUCAAGCUCUCCAUACCUGGACUACAAGGGGAAUCAGACGGCCCUCUUCCCAGUGCCGAGCCCUCUGAGCCCAGCCUGGUGCGCUUGCUGGCCCUGCUCUGCCGCCUGGAGCUCAAUGGGAACCUUCAGUCUGAGCUGGAACAAAUGGUGGAGAAGGAGAGGGUGUGUCUACUGCAGGACAGUCUGCUGCAGGGCCUUGUUGACAGUCCAGCCCUAAGACAUUGCCUGGACACCACCAUAGAAAACAGCAUGCCUGGCAAGAUCAAAGUCCUGGAGGCUCUCUCCAAUGAUGGCCAACUCUUCCCUCGUGUGGUCGCCCUCCUCAACAUCCAGCCCAUGCUACGUGUGGAUUACACUGCCACAGCGACCCGCCUGGAUCUUCUUACCCCCCAUCAGGCCACUUUGGAAGAGCUUGCAGUCACCUCAGCUCAGUGGGACCCACUGAUGGGCCCAGCUCCAGGAGGCAUAGGAGGGGCAGAUCUGGUGUUGUGUAACCACUCCUGGGGCCCUCUAAGGACAGAUCCUGGACUGCUGGUUACAAAUCUGGCUUCUGGAGCCAAACAAGGAGGCUUCAUACUCCUUCACACCCUGUUGAAGGGAGAGACUCUUGGGGAAACAGUUGCCUUCCUCUCCAGCACUGCCCAGAGCAGCAGCCAGCACCGAGGACUACUUACACAGACUGAAUGGGAGAAGGUGUUCUCUGAGGCCUCUCUUAACCUCGUAGCUGUCAGGAAGUCUUUCUAUGGCUCAGCCCUCUUUCUUUGUCGCUGUCCCUCUCCGAGUAAAAAGCCAGUCUUCCUACCUGUGGAAAGCACAGACUACAAGUGGGUGGAGACACUCAAGGCAACGAUGGUGGAGUCAUCAGACUGUCCAGUGUGGUUGACUGCUUCUCAGGCUCACUGUGGCAUUGUGGGAAUGGUCAACUGUCUACGGCAGGAACCAGGUGGCAACCGAAUACGCUGUGCGUUUGUGUCCAAUCUAAACAAGGCUUCAGAGGCACCAAGACUCCAGCCAGCUGAUAAGUCUUUGCAGAAGGUGCUUGAGGGUGAUCUGGUCAUGAAUGUGUUCAGAGAUGGACACUGGGGAGCCUUCAGGCACCAGCUCAUACCUUACGAUCUAAAGAAACAAAUGACAGAGCAGGCUUAUGUCAACGUGUUGACUCGAGGUGACCUGUCUUCCCUGUCCUGGAUUGCAUCCCCACUCAACCACUCUGAGACUAGCAACCCCAACUCGCAACUGUGUCGCGUCUACUACAGUUCACUCAACUUCAGAGAUAUAAUGCUGGCGACGGGCAAACUGCCACCAGAUGCUAUCCCAGGUGGCCUAUCUCUGCAGCAGUGCAUGUUGGGCAUGGAGUUUUCUGGUCAUGACCCUAGUGGUCGGCGUGUGAUGGGGCUACUAGCUGCCAAAGGCCUGGCAACAAGUGUGGCUGCUGACAAACGGUUCCUCUGGAAUGUUCCCUCUACCUGGACACUUGAGCAGGCAGCUUCAGUGCCAGUGGUCUACGCCACAGCCUACUACUCUCUGGUAGUUCGCGGCAGGCUGCGUCCUGGAGAGACUGUUCUUAUCCACUCUGGGUCAGGGGGAGUUGGUCAGGCUGCCAUUGCCAUAGCACUCAGUAGAAACUGUAGAGUCUUCACUACAGUCGGCUCAAAGGAGAAGCAAGCCUACCUGCAGGAGAGGUUCCCUCAGCUCUCAGCAGAAGCCUUCGCCAACUCCAGAGAUACCUCUUUUGAACAGCACGUUCUUCUCCACACACAGGGCAAAGGUGUGAAUGUGGUGCUGAACUCUUUGGCUGAGGAGAAGCUGCAGGCUAGUAUCCGCUGCCUAGCCAGACAUGGGCGAUUCCUGGAGAUCGGCAAAUACGACCUGUCCAACAACUCCCCACUGGGCAUGGCUCUGUUCCUGAAGAAUGUUGCUUUCCAUGGCAUCCUGCUGGAUGCUCUCUUUGAAGAGGGCAAUCAGGAGUGGGAGGAAGUGUACCAGCUGCUAAAGGAGGGCAUUGCACGCGGUGUAGUUCAGCCUCUUAAGACCACAGUGUUUGAGAGGGACCAAGUGGAGGAAGCAUUCCGAUACAUGGCUCAGGGCAAGCAUAUUGGCAAGGUUCUCCUGCAGGUCCGUUUGGAGGAGAAGGACUCAUCAGUCGACAGUGCUUCCCCUUUUUCUAUUCCAGCUAUCUGUCGCACCUUCUGCCGUUCCUCCCACUCCUACAUCAUCACUGGUGGGCUGGGGGGAUUUGGUCUGGAGCUUGCACAGUGGCUGACAGAGAGAGGAGCGCGCAAACUAGUGCUAACUUCCAGAUCAGGGAUCAGGAAUGGUUACCAGGCAAAGCGGGUGCAUGAAUGGCAGAGUCAAGAUGUGGAAGUGCUAGUGUCGACCAAUGAUGUGAGCACACUGGAGGGAGCAGAGCGACUCAUCGCUGAGGCCAGCGCACUGGGCCCAGUGGGCGGUGUCUUCCACCUAGCCAUGGUGCUGAAAGAUGGAAUGCUGGAGAAUCUGACUCCUCAGCUCUUCCUUGAUGUUAACAAACCUAAAUAUGAUGGAACCAUAAACCUGGACAAAGUGACAAGAAAGAUGUGCCCGGACCUCAGCUACUUUGUGGCCUUCUCCUCCGUCAGCUGUGGCCGUGGAAAUGCCGGCCAAAGUAACUACGGUUACGCCAACUCAGCCAUGGAGCGUGUGUGUGAAAAGCGUCGCUACGAUGGCUUACCUGGACUGGCAGUUCAGUGGGGUGCCAUUGGAGACGUAGGUGUGGUCCUGGAGAAUAUGGGUGACAAUGAAACAGUGAUUGGUGGCACCCUACCACAGCGCAUCUCAUCCUGCCUGGAUGUGCUCGACCGCUUCCUCUGCCAGCAGCAGCCAGUGAUGUCAAGCUUUGUACUGGCAGAGAGGACGGUGGUGAAGAGCGAGGCAGGAAGCCAGAGAAACUUGGUGGAUGCUGUAGCUCACAUCCUGGGUGUACGAGAUGUGAACAGCCUGAAUGCUGAUGCCUCAUUGGCUGACCUGGGCCUGGACUCCUUGAUGGGUGUGGAGGUCCGCCAGACUCUGGAGCGUGACUAUGACAUCGUCAUGGCUAUGAGAGAGAUCCGCCAGCUCACCAUCAACAAGCUGCAAGAGCUGGCCACUAGCAAACCAGGCGGAUCAAAUGAAUCUCACCAAGCUACAAGUAAGAGGGAUGGCAUUCACUCUCUGUUGGAGUCUGAUCUGACCCAGCUGUUAGUCAACCCCAGUGAUCCCACGGUGAUGCCACUGAACAAGGUUCAGAGCCAAGAGAGGCCGUUGUUCCUGGUCCAUCCCAUUGAGGGCUCCAUUGCCGCCUUUAAAACGCUCGCUUUCAAGCUUAGCGUGCCUUGCUACGGCUUGCAGUGCACAAAAGCUGCCCCUCUGGACAGCAUCCAGUCCCUUGCAGCCUACUAUGUGAACUGUAUCAAACAGGUUCAGCCAGAUGGGCCUUAUCGAAUAGCUGGCUACUCCUUCGGUGCCUGUGUUGCAUUUGAAAUGUGCUUGCAGCUUCAAACCCAGAAUCGGCCAGUGGAGUAUCUCUUUCUGUUUGACGGAUCACACUCCUAUGUGGCAGCAUACACACAGACCUACAGGGCCAAGCUGACACCAGGUAAAGAGUCUGAGGCUGAAACUGAAGCCCUGUGUGCCUUCAUCCAGCAGUUCACUGGCAUCGAGUACAACAAGCUCCUGGAGACUCUCCUCCCUCUGUCGGACCUGGCAGCCCGCGUCAACAUUGCGGUGGACCUGAUCACCUCUAGCCACAAGAACAUCAACCGAGACUUACUGCACUUCGCAGCCAGCACCUUCUACUACAAGCUGAAGGCUGCCGAUGGCUAUGUGCCUGCGACGAAAUACCAUGGCAAUGUCACACUACUGCGUGCCAAAACCAGCAGUGAUUAUGAACAAAACCUAGGAGCUGACUACAAACUCAAUGAGGUAUGUGAUGGCAAGGUGUCAGUCCAAGUCAUUGAAGGAGACCACCGCACCUUCCUGGAAGGAGAGGGAGUGGAGUCUAUCAGCAGCAUCAUCCACAGCUCACUGGCUGAGCCACGUGUCACGGCAAAGGAGGGCUAGACGCGUUCCAUCUUCCCACCAAGUCUAAAACAUCCCCAGAAUGGGUCUCUUCCUCUAACUAAGUUAGGAUGUGUGGGUUUACCUUUGUUUUAUUCAGUGAGAAUAACACAGUAAGUCUUUUGACACAGCAUGUUUACUGUCUGUGCCAUUUUGCCCCAGUAUCGAAAAUGCUCCUUAUUCCUCAUUGCACCUUCUCAAAGCUCAUUUUUCAGUUCCACUUUGGACACUUCAGUGUCACUGUCUCAAAACCUGUUGGAACCCUUGGCUGUUACAUUCCCAUUUGGUGAAUAAAAUGGGCUGUCAGUUUUUAUAGUAUGUGUAAUUUGCUUAAAGUUAUGUCUCAUUAUGUUGUCAUGUUUCAUUUAGCCUUUUUUUUUGGAUUGUAGUACGGAUGCCAAGUUUCAGGAAUUUCUCUAAUCAGAAGUCAGCUAUACAGUAACCAAUUAUUGAUCAUUAAUUAGGAUUAUAUCAAAUUUAACAUCUGUGGUUUUCUUUAAUAAGGGUUUUAUUAAUUAUUUUCGCCAUAGCACCAAGGACAUGAAAACAACUUUUGAAUUAUGAAUUACACAACAUAAAAUAAUUCAUCAGUAGAAUAUCCUGUGUGUGCAUACUGUCAAGUAUUCAUUAAACGAUCAAGCAAAAUUCAAGUUAACAAUUUGUAUGCACAUUCUGUGCAAUGUAGCUAGUCCAGCUACUUAAAGCGAUAGUGCGGGUCUUGUGAUGUGCGGUUGCAUGAGGUACUUAACCCCUGUCAGUGUGUUACCUGCUGUAGAUGACUGCUCCCCCCUGUGUGGAGAGGCAGUGCGUAGAAUCGGCAGGGAAGCAGAGCACUGUACUGCUAAACGGCACCGACAGCGAGAUGUAUUUUAACCACCUAAAAUGUUUCUAGACAUGUACUAUAUACAUAUAUGUACUUCUCAAAUCAAAACAACUGUUACGUAAUCAAGCCUAGCAUAGCAUGAAAGACUGGUUCUAUGUUGAGCUAAGUCAUAGAGUGGUGUAAUAAUGAGUCCUAAAACCUGGAAAUCACUUAGCAGUUUUGCACUCCCUGUUCCCUCAUCUCAAAGUUAGUUUUUUUAAUUUUUUUUAUGGAGUUUGGUUAGAUCCCUAAAAUAUACAGUCUGUGGUGACCACAGUCUUAAAAUAUGUUCACGUUUUUGUUCUACCACAUAAAAGACAUCAUUAAAUGUCCCACAAUUGAGAAAGUGCUUGUGUGUCUUAAAACGUCAUCACACUGAACAUGGACACUCAUCAACUCGCUAUCCUGCGUUACAGGCAGACUUAAGUUAUAGACUAUUCUAACUCUAAUUUAACACUUGUAGAUUUAUUUGAAGCUUCAAAAAUCAUAGAAGUAGUGCAUAUCUGUGAAGAAGUAGUGCUUAUUUGUGACAAUAAUCCAAAAUCAAAUUUAAAAAAAUCUCAUAGGCGAGGGAACCGGGUGAUGGUAAUGAUCACCCCUACACCAAUCUAUACCAAAUCAGCUGCCUUGUAUGUUUUUAAUACAGCCCUGUCUGGCUGCCAAAGGCUGUUUCAUAAUUGUACUCUAUAAUGCAUGUUUACAUGUUUGAAAGUGAACUUUAUAGAGGUCAUAUUAUACUUUUUGGCAUAAUUUGGCAAAUGGCUGUACCAUAGCCAUGCUUACUGCUUCCUGUAGCUGCUUUAGUUUGGAUCGCACUAACUUCCUUGGCAUGACCCGCCCUACUCUUCCUCUGAUCAGCUACAACUAACAUUAAUGUGCGUGUGCAACUCUCAUCAAAGACUGUACAGAGGUGAGAUGUCUUACUCUGUAGCUAAAACAGAGCGUUCGAGACGCAGUGUGCAAAGGAGUGCUGAAGCAAUUCACCGUAUGAGAAAAAUAAUGUCUCUUUUUUUUUUAAAUUUUAAAGUUAAAAAGUAAACCAAUACUAAUAGGACCCCGAAAUAAAAGUAUGAACCUGGAAAUUAGCGUAAUAUGAACUCUUUAAAUGCUUUCACUGUACAAGCUUUGGUCAUGUAUGGCUUCUUCUUUACUGUGUGCACACAAACCUGUUAUACUGCCAUGUUAAAAUUCCUGAAGUGAAGUUUGACCAAUUAUGACUGGUAAUGUGACCAUUAGGAGAUAGUAAUUUUUUUAUUGUCUUUUUUUUUUUUAUCUUGUCUAAAAGAAAUUUGUUUACCUAUGUGUCAGCAGAAAAGCACAUUUUGUUGUUUUUUGUUGUUUUAGUUUUUUUUUGUUGUUGUUGUUAUUGCCAUGAAGCAAAGUAGCGACUGCUAAGACUGUUACUCUUGUCAUACCAAACCAAAACUCUUGUAACGGAAAGCCACUUAAAACUCAACACAAAUUAUUGUAUUCAUGUGAUGCAGACAGUCACAAGUACAAUAUGUCCGCAAGAUUUUUUUUGGGAAUGUGUAAUAAUUAAGAGUAAUACUACAGCAUACACACUGGGUGACCUGAUACAGUUACUGAUGUAUAGAUCUACAAAUGGUUUUGACAGGAUAUGGUGAAAAGACAAUUUUAAAUUCGUAGUGUAUUCACACAGGGUUAUUUAUACUUCUGAAUGAAAUGCCCCCUAUGUCCUUAUUCUUAGGAAAUAUAAUUAUGACGCAUGUGACCUUGCACCUAUCAACGUGAAGCACUUCCAGAUGUUAAUCGCCUGCUGGCAAGUAUCCAGUGGUAAUGGACGGUCAUCCACCACCAACAGUAAUAAUUACACUGUUAUAAUUAAUACUAACAGUUUUUUUUUUUAUCUUUAUCCUCCUGUCAGAUAAAAUGUAUAGAAAAUGAAGAUGUUGCAUUCGCCAGACAGAUGACUUGUUAGAGCAACAAGGAACUGUGAUCAUACUGGGCUUAGGAAUUAAUGCCAGCACAUUGUUGAGUUUAUAUGUUGCUCUGUUCCACAAGGAAUGAAAGACUUCUGUACUAGUUCUUGUUCUGCUGGCAAGAGUGUCACUGUAUUUUUGAUAGAACUGUAGUGAUGUACUGACCUUUUGAUUGAAGGGCAGUGUCCUCCCAAACCUGUCUGACUCCCAUGAACCUCGCGUGGUUUCAUGACCCCCCCCAGCAAGGUCCAGUCCAACCACACAACAGCCAGCCCGAUCUCUGAGACCUCUAACCUGGUCUAUGAAGGGACAGCUGGCUGGACGCAAGUGUGGUGAUUGAUUGCAGUGAAAAGGAGAAUGAAGUGACAGUUUUGUGUGCUCCUCUCGUAUAUUGUAAUAUUUCUAGUAUGUGUUGCUACAACUAAUAAAAUCCUCUAGCUAAUCA